GGGAGCUCCAUUUCCCGCCAGCGGCCGUUCAAUAGCGUCCCCGUGUGCUUGCCUGCCCGACGCCGUGUCCAUAGCCAUGGCAAAAUCCUGCAAGGGUUUGGCAAUGGAGCUUGCCAAGUGCCUCGCCGACUCACCCUGCAUCAAGGAAGAGAAGCGGAGUUUCAAGGAAUGUGCUAAAGAGAGACCGCCUUCAGUUCCUUCCGUUUGUGUGGGUCUGCGAGAGACUUAUUUUCAGUGCAAACGUGGCCAGGUGGACAUGACCAAACGUAUUCGAGGAAACAAAGGAUACUGAGGUCGAUUAGAAGUUAUGUAGUGCAGUAAUAUGAAGACUUGGUAGUGUUAGAGUUAGUUCAGUGAAAUUAGUACAUUGCAAUUACUUUUCUGGGGCCAUGGAGGGUUCUGUACCGGACUCAGGAAUUCUUGACCAAGUCCAGUCUCUUGUCAUUGAUGCCUCUCAAGUGGUGUCUUAUAAGUGGCUGAGUCGGAAUUUUUCUGUUUCUUCAAAUGUCGCAAAGAGGAUCUUACAAGAAUUUGCCAAACAGAACGAGGGGAAUAAGGUUGAAGUUGUAUACGCCGUUUCUGGAUGGUCAAAAAGUGAACCAUCGACUUACACUGUACAACUUGUGCCAAAAGCCAAGUUGCAAGAUGCAUUACUGGGACUUGACGGGUCUGCAUCCCACCAUGUAUACAGUGUGCAACCUUGCCUAACUAAGGAUCCUGCUCAGCUGUUCAGUGCUGAGUUUGUGCAAGCUCAGGAAUUGUUCAUGCAACCGCGUGAUAUUGACAAUUGUCUUCGAGAUAAUCGGUUUAGUUCAGUUUCGUACUCACUUGUCAUAAGAAAUGCUGGAGGAAGUAAACCAGUGGUUGAGCAACAGAAAGCAGAACCAUCCUCGUCUGUGGGUGUGUCUGCAUCCUCGAAGCAUUUGGCAGGCUUAAAGCCUUCCAAUUCAGAACCACAAGUACCUCAAUCGACAUCUCUGACUCCUACAGCUCAGAAGGAAACAGAUGUGAAGAACACACUGAAAGGAGCAGCAGUUGUUAACGAAGAGGGUUCUGGAAAAAGCUCAGCAACGACUGGGGUUCCUGGUAAAGCAGUGGCAGAAAAUGUCGCUACUGGUAAGAAAAAAGUGGGCAUGACAGUAGGAGGUGGUUCUUUGGCUAAUCUGUGGGGAAGAGCACCUGCAAAAGUUAAGGCCGAUACUCCACAAGAGUCAAAAGCUAAACCUGCCCUCGUUGCUGGUGAUGCAGAGGCUGGAAUUAGAGCAAUGGAAGCUGAUGGUAAUGAGUCGAGCAGUGAUGGGGAGGGGAAUGACUUCGCUCGGAUUCGGCGCUGCCAAGCAAAGAACGGCAAGGGGCGGAAACGGCAGGUUGUUUUCGAUGAAGAGUUGUCUGAAGAUGACGAGAUAAUCAACUCCCAGGCUGCCAUCAACCUGGCAUCUCCGGAACCGUUUAAGAAAUCAGUCCCGGUAGAAACGGUGGAGCGUCAAAAUGUAGACACACGAGCAGAGGCAGACUUUGUAGGGCCAACGGGGAUGGAAAUCGACGAAGAGAAAGGGGAUAAUAGUAGUUCACAACCAGUGGUUGUAGCUAGUACUCCAGAAAAAGCCCAUCAGCCAGUUGGGUCUUCAGGCGGAGUAAAGAGGGAGGCGGAAAUUGAAACAGAAAUCCUUGCAAAGCCUCACCCUGGUCCAAAGCGAAAGAAAGUGCUCAAGACAAGAAUUGACAACCGUGGCAGAGAAGUGACAGAAGUAGUGUGGGAGACAGAUGGAGUGGAGGAUGUGCCUGAAGCAAAGCCUGCACCUGUGCCGGACAAGGUUCCAGCACCGCUUGUAGCAUCGAAGGUGGCUGCUGAAAGGGCUACCGCACCAUCUAAACCACCACAGAAGACCACUGCCAAAGCUCCUGCUAAAACUGGAGGCAAAGCUGCGUCGAAAGGGCAAGGGCAAGGACCAGGGCAAGGUAGUUUGUUGUCAUUUUUUAAGAAGAAAUAGUUGGAGAGCGGAGUCUUUGGUUGCCCCUCUGUAGAUUUGUGUCUCUCUCACAGCGGCAUAUGUAUUGCCAUGAUUUGAUUGAAUCUGGCACACGGUAUUUUCUUAAUUUGAUCAAAGGAUUUUGCUGAGGCCGAAAAUAAUCGCCUUGCGUAAUUACUUAA